CUCCUCGAUCUCAGCCUUCCCGGCAUCCAUGGCGUCUUCUAGUUCCGGCAAUUCUGUGCCUGCUCCCGAGGCAGUUCAAGUUCUCGUCUCGUCGUUGGCGGACGACUCUCCGGUGGUCAGAGAGGCGUCGGCCGCUACUCUCAAGGACAUUGCUUCCGUGAAUCCGCUUCUGGUCCUUGAUUGUUGCUGGACCGUGUCGCGUGGUGGUCGAAGGAGAUUUGGAAAAAUUGCUGGAUUAUUUCAAGUUAUGUCUGUGGCAAUUCGCGCGUUGGAUAAUGCUGAUGUUGAUCCUCAAUAUCUGGCAAAGUUUGCUAAAGUUGCCUCUGCCGAGAUCAUCUCAACCAAGGAACUUAAUGCAGAUUGGCAAAAGGCUGCAUCAGGUGUGCUUGUUGCGUUAGGUUUACAUCUCCCUGACCUGAUGAUGGAAGAAAUAUUUCUUCAUCUCUCUGGAACAAAUUCAGCUCUUCCUGCCAUGGUUCAAAUACUUGCAGAUUUUGCUUCUUCUGAUGCUAUUCAGUUUACUCCACGACUCAAAGGUGUACUUACAAGAGUGCUUCCUAUUCUUGGAAAUGUAAAAGACAUACAUCGACCUAUUUUUGCAAAUGCAUUCAAGUCGUGGUGUCAAGCCUGUUGGCAGUAUGGAGUUGAUUUCCUGAUGCAUACAGCUAUUGAUGGUGAUGUCAUGUCUUUCCUGAACUCUGCAUUUGAGCUUUUAUUGAGAGUUUGGGCAGCUUCACGGGAUCUCAAGGUUCGUGUAUCUACAGUUGAGGCCUUAGGCCAGAUGGUUGGUCUAGUUACACGGACACAAUUGAAGUCGGCUUUGCCAAGAUUAGUGCCCACUAUUUUGGAACUGUAUAAGAAAGAUCAAGAAGUGGCAGCAUUUGUGGCAACAUGUAGUCUCCACAAUCUCUUGAAUGCUUCGUUACUUUCAGAAAGUGGACCACCUUUGCUGGACUUUGAGGAUCUCACUGUCAUAUUGUCAACCCUUCUUCCCGUGGUUUGUGUCAGUAAUGACAAUAAACAGCAGUCAGAUUUUCCAGUGGGAUUGAAGACCUACAAUGAAGUUCAACAUUGCUUUCUCACAGUUGGUCAGGUUUACCCUGAAGAUAUCUUUGCGUUCCUUCUCUAUAAAUGCAGGUUAAAAGAAGAUCCUCUUACUUUUGGUGCACUUUCUGUCCUAAAGCAUCUUUUACCUAGAUUGUCUGAAUCUUGGCAUGCUAAACGGCCUUUGCUAGUGGAAGCAGUGAAAAGUUUGUUAGAUGAGAGGGACUUGGCUGUGUGCAAGGCACUUUCUGAGUUGAUUGUUGUUAUGGCUUCCCAUUGUUACUUGGUUGGUCCAGUAGGGGAGUUAUUUGUGGAAUACUUGGUACGACACUGUGCUGUAACAGAUUUAAAUGGGUCAGAUACUGAGAGUUCAAAGGAUUUAAUUAAGUCGACUGGCACUUUCAAUCCUUUCAUGUACAAGAAAUCAGAGGUGAAGAUUGGAGGUGUAUCCCCUACUGAGCUACGUGACACCUGUGAAAAAGGUCUCCUUUUGAUAACUGUGACCAUCCCUGAAAUGGAGCAUUUGCUCUGGCCAUUUUUGUUGAAAAUGAUCAUACCACGGGUUUACACUGGAGCAGUUGCCACAGUUUGCAGGUGCAUCUCAGAAUUAUGCAGGCAUAAAAAUACCCAAAGUGAUAUAAUCCUUUCUGAUUUUAAAGCUCGUGCAGAUCUCCCGAUUCCAGAGGAUCUUUUUGCACGUCUCGUGGUACUUCUUCAUAAUCCACUUGCGAGAGAGCAGUUAGUGACUCAUAUUCUGACUGUCCUAAAUCAGUUAGCUUCUCUAUUUCCGAAGAAUAUGAUCUUAUUUUGGCAAGACGAGAUUCCAAAAAUGAAAGCUUAUGUGAGUGAUCCAGAAGACCUAAAGCAAGAUCCAUUAUAUCAAGAGACUUGGGAUGACAUGGUUGUUAAUUUUGUUGCAGAGUCAUUGGAUGUGAUUCAGGAUCCUGAUUGGGCAAUAUCUCUUGGGAACUCUUUUGCUAAACAAUAUGAACUUUAUUCUUCUGAGGAUGAGCAUUCUGCGCUGCUUCACAGAUGCUUAGGCAUUUUGCUGCAGAAAGUUCAUGACAGAUCCUAUGUCCAUGCUAAGAUUGACUUGAUGUACACACAAGCUAACAUUGCUUUGCCGGUGAAUAGGCUUGGUUUAGCCAAGGCCAUGGGACUGGUCGCUGCAUCACACUUGGACACAGUUCUGGAUAAGCUAAAAGACAUUCUCGAUAAUGUCGGUGAUAGUUUCUUUAAAAGGAUUCUAUCAUUCUUUUCUGAUAGAGCUAAAAUGGAAGAGUCAGAUGACAUUCAUGCCGCUUUAGCUCUUAUGUAUGGCUAUGCUGCUAAGUAUGCUCCAUCUACAGUCAUUGAAGCCAGAAUUGAUGCGCUUGUGGGGACCAAUAUGCUUUCACGUCUUCUUAAUGUUCGUCAUCCUACAGCAAAGCAGGCAGUUAUCACAGCUAUUGAUUUACUAGGUCAGGCUGUUAUUGGUGCUGCUGAAAGCGGUACAUCGUUUCCAUUGAAAAAGAGAGAUGUGCUUCUUGAUUACAUAUUAACUUUGAUGGGCCGAGAUGAUGAAGAUGGAAUUUCUGAUUCUAACCUGGACCUAUUGAACACUCAGUGCCUUGCUUUGAGUGCUUGUACAACUUUGGUUUCUGUGGAGCCAAAAUUAACAAUUGAAACAAGGAACCAUGUUCUGAAGGCCACUUUGGGAUUCUUUGGUUUACCAGAUGAUCCCCCUGAUGUUAUUAAUGGUCUCAUACAAAACCUUACUACUCUUCUCUGUGCAAUCCUAGUUACAAGUGGGGAGGAUGGAAGAAGUCGAGCAGAACAGCUACUGCAUAUACUGAGACAGAUUGAUCCAUAUGUUUCUUCCUCUGUGGAAUAUCAGAGAAAAAGAGGCUGUCUUGCGGCAUAUGAGAUGCUUCAGAAGUUCCGAACUAUAUGUGUUAGUGGUUACUGUGCACUUGGUUGCCAAGGAAGUUGUAGCCACAACAAACGAAUUGACCGUGUUAUGAAUAAUAACUUUUCUAAUUUACCAAGUGCAUUUAUAUCCCCGAGUCGUGAUGCUUUGUGUUUAGGGGAGAGGAUCAUGGUAUAUCUGUCACGCUGUGCAGAUACAAAUCCUGAAGUUAGAAAAAUCUCUGUUCAGAUUCUUGAUUUAGUUUUCAGUAUAUCCCUUUCUUUACCGAGGUCUGCAAACUCUAGUAUUGAUCUUGAUAUUGAAUUGUGUUAUGGAGCUUUAUCAGCACUUGAGGAUGUGGUUGCUAUUUUGAGGAGAGAUGCAUCACUUGAUCCGUCAGAGGUGUUCAACAGGGUCAUUUCAUCUGUGUGCAUAUUAUUUACUAAGGAUGAGCUUGUUGCGGCUCUAUAUAGUAGCUCAUCUGCUAUAUGUGACAAGGUCAGACAGUCUGCCGAAGGUGCUAUUCAAGCUGUGGUUGAGUUUAUCACUAAGAGGGGUAGGGAGCUAAAUGACGCUGAUAUCGCAAGGACGACACAGUCCUUGCUUUCUGCUACAAACCAUGUAGUUGAGAAGUAUCUACGCCAAGAAACACUUAAUGCUAUAUCUGCCCUUGCUGAGAAUACGACAUCAAGAAUUGUUUUUGAUGAAGUGUUGGCUGCUGCUGAGAAAGAUAUAGCUACAAAAGAUGUAUCUAGAUUACGUGGGGGCUGGCCAGUACAGGAUGUAUUUCAUGCAUUUUCCCAGCACACAGUUCUUUCACAUUCUUUCUUGGAGCAUAUAAUCUCGAUCCUGAAUGAGAGACCUAUAUUUCAAGGCGAUUCAGUUAAGAGGGAGAAUUCCAAUAAUGUUGGCGAAAGUAGUGUAGAAGAUAAUGUGCUGCACGCUGCUAUGAUAGCUCUUACUGCCUUCUUCAGAGGUGGUGCGAGAGUUGGAAAAAAGUCUGUGGAACAAACUUAUGGUGCAGUCUUUGCAACUCUUGUGCUUCACUUAGGAAUUUGUCAUAGUUUAUCUAAUUCUGGCCAACAGGAACCACUACGCGCGCUAUUGGUUGCAUUUAAUGCAUUUUGUGAAUGUGUUGGUGAUCUCGAGAUGGGGAAGAUUCUGGCCAGGGACAGGGAACAAAAUGAAGAGGAGACAUGGAUUGGACUAAUCAGGGACCUGGCUUGGUGUAUUUCCAUUAAAAGGCCUAAAGAGGUCCCUAUAAUUUCUUUGAUUCUUUGUAAAUCACUGGAUCGACCCUCAAGGUAUUCAAGGGAAGCAGCAGCUGCUGCACUGUCAGAGUUUGUGAGGUUCAGUGAGAGUUUUGGUCCUUUGUUGGAGCAGCUGGUUGAAGGAUUGACUCGACAUGCUUCUGACGAUUCUCCAAAUGUUAGGCGACUUUGUCUAAGAGGACUUGUGCAGAUGCCACCAGUCCUUGUUAUCCAGUAUACCAUUCAGAUUCUCAGUGUUAUUGUUGCUUUACUGGAUGACCCAGAUGAAUCAGUUCAGCUAACUGCUGUCUCAUGCUUGCAAACGGUCCUUGGAUCUGCUUCUACUGAAGCUGUAGAACCCAUUUUGUUUAAUCUUUCAGUUAGGCUACGUAAUCUUCAAGUAUGCAUGAAUGCAAAGAUUCGAGCUAAUGCAUUCGCAGCAUUUGGGGCAAUAAGCACGUAUGGUUUUGGGUCACAACAUGAUGCUUUUCGUGAGCAGGUUCUUGCUGCCUUUCCACGCUUGGUCUUGCAUCUGCAUGAUGAUGACCUUGGUGUGCGACGCGCUUGCCGGAACACAUUCAAGCGCAUUGCUCCUUUGAUGGAACUUGAUAGUAUUGUUGCUCUUGCAAACACACAUAGGUUUAGCUCUGAUCAUAGAGGUGACUAUGAAGACUUUCUUAGAGAUAUUGCAAAGCUAUUCACUCAACGCAUGUCUUCCAGGAUUGAUACUUACAUGGCAUCACUAAUACAGGCUUUUGAGGCACCUUGGCCAGUAAUUCAGGCAAAUGCAAUUUAUUUGUGUAGCAGUAUAAUUGCUAUGUCAAGUGUUCAGCAUAUCUCCACCCUUUACUUAAGUCAGGUUUUCGGCAUGCUGAUUGGGAAGAUAAAUCGAUCUCCGGAUGCAAUUGUGAGAGCAACAGGCUCUUUGGCUCUCGGUUUGCUACUAAAGUCAACCAAUUCCUCUUGGAAAUCCACCCGUCUAGAUCCACCAGACUCGCACCUUGUGGGACGCGAAACGGAAUCUUCUCGGAGGUGAUGAAUCACAGAUGCAAGAAGGCUGCAGAUUUGUUAAUAUCUCAACCCUGCAGUGUUCACACACGACGAAUGUAAGAUGAAGACUAUCUAGUAAGAGUUGUGUUCGACCAUGAAGGUGGUUCGACCAAGUGCUUCUGGGUGGCGACAAAAGAGGUGGUUUUUGAAGCUCUUGAAAUCGUUUAACUCAAGUAUGAUUGUGUAUAUAUAUUCCAAGUGAUUUCAUUCAUUUGUGCACAUGCGUGUAUUUUGUGUGUAACUUUUUGAUGUAUAGCAGUUGUGACUUAGUAAUUAUGUUGUGCGCACUGGUUUGUCUGAGCUUUAAAUACAAACACGUUUGACAAAUCGGAAGUUCGGAAUCUGACAUUGUUUAAUUUAUGUGGUGUUGGCAUUGAUUUUAA